AUGCACCCAUUCUCCGUCCUCACGCUUGGCAUCUUUGUAGCUGGGUACAUCACUGCUCGCUGGGAUCUUGUCACCCGCCUGUAUGAACUGGCCAUCUUUGCUUGGGACAAAGGUGUCAUUACGCGCUCAUUGAAGGCCUUCCUAGCCCUAAGCAUCUUCUUCGUCGUUCUCAUCAUCCCGAUCGAGCGCAUAGCUGCCCGAGAGAGUGAUAUAGCUCUCAUGAUCGCCCCCAAUGGCUUGAUGCGCAUCUUCUGGCCCACCGACAUUGCUCGUUCCGAGAAACCAGGCGUCAUUAUAGGAUGGAGGAACUCGGACCUUGACAUGGUCGUUGUGACCAUCUUGUUCAAGGUUGAGGCACGCAACGUUGACAAUGCUCUCCGAAUGGGCAAUCUGUUUCGCGGCAGCCCUCAUCCCAUCGACCGCAUCAUCGACAGGUGUGGCCGCGUGCCUUUGCAAGUCUUGGGAACGCUGAACCCAGAGCGCGCACCCUCGCUCACCUUCAACCCUUCGUCUAUCCAGGUCUACUACACGCCUCGUUGUAGAAUACCUCAAGUGCAUUGCCCUGGCGAGGCGUCCAUCUCGCUGCAGAUUGUGACAUUCGAUCGACCCAAUCCCUACAGCAUGCAGUAUUUGUCCCUCACGCCCAUCUCCUUGACACUAUCGGACGCCCAAGAAAGAGCAGGCAGAACACAAGUUGGAAGCUUUGGUGCAGAAGAGGCGGCCGACAAAGCGCGAAAGCAGCAAUUGGUCGACAAGUUGCGCAUGCAUACUGUGGUUCAUCAUGCACGCACUUCCAAAGAGAUCGCUCUGCCCGUGAUAUUGAACCAGAUCAAUUGCUCAUAUGAGAUUGACGAGUUGAUGCGGAAGAACAUAGGCUUCGUAGGUCUGGGGCGAACAAGACGUAGCAUGAGCGUGAGUGAGCGUAUGGCUGAGUCGGCCGCCGACCUCUGGGACUACACGCGUUACAGUAUCCAUCACGCUUUCUUCGCCUAUGUCUAUCCCGUUAUCACUCAGCUGCUGGUAAUGGCUUUAAUUGGCCAUCGUGUUGCUGGCGAAGCGUGGUUAAGAGUUCUGGAAUGGCGACUGCUACCAGAUGCCGCCGCGCUCAAAGACAUCUCAGCUACUGCGCAGCAGAUCGACAUUCGCCUGCAGCAAUUUUGUUACUGGCCAAUUCAAUAUCUCACACUGCGUAAACGACGAACCGACUGGGGAAGUGUCACAAACAGCCAUCCCGAGUACAUUCGUUUCUACAACAGCCUCUGGCUCGUUGCAAACGACAUAGUCAUUGGAAUUGCCAUUGGAUCCUACAUCAUCGAGAACUCAGGCUAUGUAGCCGGACAAGUCGAGUCUGUUGUUGAUUGUUGGUUCAUCGAUGGUCUACGACGUAUGCUAAAGUGGCUGAUGCAUUAUCCUGCUGGCCUCAAACUCAAUAGUGAUUUGGCACAGUUUCUUGGUGAUCUUUUCAUUUGGAUAAUCGACUACUGGGCUGAAUGUAUGACAAGCAUACGACCAAUUCUCCCUCAUGUCAUUCAGGUCAUAGGCUUUUCGAGCUUCGCUGGCGCAAGCAUGCCCAUCUCACUUUUCUCAGAUCUGCUCUCCAUUCUGACGAUUCACGUUUAUGCCUUCUACAUCGCCUCAGCUCGCAUAUACAACUGGCAGCUCACUAUAAUGGUUUCGCUCUUCCAUCUCUUUCGUGGCAAGAAACGAAACGUCCUCCGAAACCGCAUCGACUCAUGCGAUUACGACCUUGACCAGCUGCUCCUAGGCACGAUUCUGUUUACGCUUUUAACGUUCCUGCUUCCCACCGUUGGUGUCUUUUAUGCAACUUUUGCUGGCGCGCGCAUGGGCAUAAUUGCUUUCAAGGCUGCUCUGGACACAUGGUUGGCUUGCUUGAACCAUUUCCCUCUUUUCGCACUCAUGCUGAGGAUCAAGGAUUCUCAGCGACUACCAGGUGGCAUACGUUUUGAACUUCGUGAUACCCUUCCUGCAUCCGAUACUUUGCGCGAACAUGAUUCCCGGAAACCUGAAGUUGCACCCACUGCACAUAUACAAUUACAGUCGGUCCCACUUGCUUUCUCAGAAACAUUUUCGCAAUACGCACAGCUCGCAUAUCGCAUCCGGAAACACUACCUCUCGCCUAGUGUGUUCCUAUGUCUUUUCACGGGUCAAUUUGUACCGCCAAUUCAUCGCAAGAGUCUUUACAGUCUACAAUACAGUAUGCUUCCAGCAAAGCGGAUCCCGAUCGCGGAGUUGUGGAGGAAGUUGAUGGAUGGGAACGAUGCGCAAAAGCCUCAAGUCAAUGGCAAUGUCAGCGCAUCUCUAGGUCGAAGAGGUCAAAACAAGAAACCACCGGGUCAUUGGUGGAGCAAAUGA